AUUCCAGAAAUGACCGCCGACAUGCCAAAUGCCGCAUAUGAGGCCACAUGUGCCCAGUCCACAGGAUUAAGCAUGCGCGAGAGUCGACUUGUGCGUCCCAAGAGCUAUCCAGCAUCCAAGCUAACACCGCCGAAGGACUCGAAGAAAGUUACACGUAGCGGUGCUGCUAUUCCCACGAUAGUCGAAGGAAGGCUACGAGAUGCGACGCCACCGCUUGCAGUCGAGGAAAAGUUUGAGCUCCAGACGCCAAGCAUGAAAUCGAAUGUGGAAACUUCUUCUUCAAGUGAUAUUAAGGCGAAUACCAUCAAGAAAAUUAUUAAGGUUUCUAAGAAGUCUAAGCUAGCACAGCCACUGCCAGUCACACCUACUACACCAACAACAACCACAACAACAUCAACAACGACCACGCCUGUUGAAACUUCCAAGGAGUCCAGUCCCGCAAUAAAAGAAAAAUCACCCGAAAAGAAGCCAAGUAAAGGGUUGCUCUACGCUAUAGGACAGAAAUUUGAAAAACUACGUGACUCAGCUAUGAGCAAGGAAAAGAAAAGCGCCUCAUCCAGCCCCGCCUCUUCAGCAAAUGGCGCCGUCGUAAAGAAGAGAUCUCCAGAUAAUGCCUCCCCAGAGAAGAUAAAGGAAAAGUCCAUGCUGCUUAAAAAGAAAAAAUCUUUGGAUGGCACAAUCACAAAGACUGAUAAAUACGCUACAUCGAGCAAUGCAAUUGAAAAAAAUGCAUCUCAAAAAGCGCUCAACACUGAUGGCGAAAUAAAGGAAAAACCAGCCAAGUCCGAUAAGCGUUCUCGAAUCGAUUCGAUGAUUCGUUCAUUGCGUGAACGUUCAGUACCAAGAUCCCGACCUGCAACUGAGACGAAUUAUAUAAAGCGGGCCAUCAGCGUAGAGGAAAUGCCAGGGACUUUUAAUCGGAAUGCUGUGAAUCGAGUACUAGGGCUUUUUAAACGAACUGAUAAGGACGCGGGUGGCGCUGACCGGCGUGUUCAGAGCACACGUUCAACAAGCAAUAUGGAACGUCAAAUACGCGAAUCAUCACCUUCGCCCAUCUACCAAAAUACGACGGAGUGCCAUCGUUCGAAUAGCAUUUCAGCUGCGAUCGCUGCCAACUUACUGACCAACAAUAGUGGUAGCGUCCGGAAAUGCGACAACACUGCCAAAUGUAGCUGCGAAAUAGCAAAGACGCCUAGAGGAAACACCGAAGAGAAGCAGUGUGUCGAGUGUUUGCACGAUACUGCAACAAGUCUGAAAACCAAGAGUCGUGGUGAAAAGGAUAUCGUUAUGCCCCCGGUUAAAGAAGUAGCGCAGGGCAAUAAAGACAAGCGCAAGGGUCUGAUGCUGGACCUUACUAAAUUGGAUAAAAUCGACAACAAUUCCACAACAAAUCGCAACAACUUGAAGGCAGCCUAUAUAAAUGGCAAUGGCAUUUACUCAAAUCUGCCGCCAUACCCGGGUGCGGUGAACAGCUCUUCAAACAACAGCUCCAGUCUACAAUCGAUGGAUAAUGCCACAAAUAAUAACAAUUCCUAUAUGACCAAUAAUAAUUCAUCGAUGCAAACAUCACAAACGUCAGGCUAUCGCACGUCGUCUACGCACGAAAUAAAUCGAAAUCAUUUAUUAACACCUUCCACUGAGAACAUUGCCAAUUACUCGUCCGACUCUCGCAGUUACCAGGAUGACUGCGCAUCAACGUCGACCUUCCUAUCGCCCACUGAAGAACCUGAACUUUAUUUCGACAAUUGGUCCGUUUGCUCGGAGGAUAAUUAUAUGCUGCAUGCCUCCCCAUCGCCAACAGUGUCGCGCCUCUCGCGCGCAUCUCAACUAUCAUCACCCACCCGUGGCGAGAGUUCCGAUCCGAAUGAAAGUGUAAUUGAUCGUAUAAAGCGUCGCAGUUUCUAUUGCCGCUUUAACGAUAAGAAGCCCAAGCGCACGAGUAGUAUUGUUGGACCGAGUGCAGUCCGUGACUAUUAUCGUGAACAAGCCAUAAGUGGCGUAAGUUUGGGUGCUGGUGUAGGUGCGGGCGCGAGCGCAAACUACUAUAAUACCUACAGCCCGAAAAGACGUUCCUCAUAUACAUUCAAUGGCACACUGCCAAGUGGUGCAACGCUCACUAAUUCCACAUUGGAUGGUUAUGCGACCGUUGGUCGUCGACCUAUACGCACAUACGACCAUCGCACCAUGUCACUGCUUGACCCAACGACCUCCUCCUCAUCGACAGCUGGCGCUAGUAGUUAUAGGCGCGAAGCGCGAACACCGGUCAGAGACUACACAACGGGCAUUUCGAGAUCGAAUUCGCGCUAUCGUACCUCGUCGGCAUCACGCAGCCCUACAAACAUUUGAUGUACAACACCGCAGAAUGGUUUCUGUAUCUUCUGCUAUUACUCAAAACGAAAUCGUACCAGCAGCACGCAUACCGCCUCGUCGUCAUCCUCGAAAACCAGUGGCGACAAGAAAUUGCAGGAAUGCACCAGUCGAAUUAGAAAUAAGUUUUAAUUGUACUACAACAAAAUAGCUUUCUACUUAAGAUCAAUAAAUUUAGUAGUAAACUCAUAAGAUACAUAUUUAUGUAUAGAUAAAAAGGGUGAUUCACACUGUUGAAUAAUAGUCUAAAAUGUGUGAAAAUCUUAGAACGGUCGAUUCAGGACUUUAGUCUUCUAUGCAAAAUUGUUCCAAGAUCCAGGAGAAAAAAGGUUUGAUCGUAAUAAGGUUCACAAAGAAAAAAGUUUAAUUUUUGGUCUCGGCGCAAACCAACUCACGGUUGAGGUUAAGUAAGCAUCAUUUUGGAGGGAUUUUCGGAUUAAUGAGGCUUUUGUUCAUGGAAUAAAGAGAUUAAGCUAAUGGUUAUGAGCACCUGAAGCGAAAUUCCCCUUACAAGCUACAUACACCCAUAAGUUGCCUGAAAGGGUGCACCAAUCAAGUUCAUCUUCAAAAAUCUUAACCAUACUGAUGCGCAGAGGGAGAAAAAAAAUGGAAUCGGCCAGCUCUUGCAAGCAAAUUCUAGUUGUGUUCAUCUCCUUUUAAAGCAUAAAUAGAGAAUACAAGAAAAAGGCGUGGGUACCAGGAACUCAUAAAAUUUGAUGCGUAAACAUCCGUGUACGGCUUGGUAAAGCAUUAGGCGAUUUAGUUACAAACAUAAAUAGGUUAGGUUAGAAAUUAAACAAUAGCGAUAUUCUCGAAAGCUUGCAAAGCCAAUGCACAUACAGUGACGAGC